AGGAUGGGAUAAGAAUAUGAUCAACUUUCUCGAGAGUAGGAAGAAUCUUAAAAGCAGGUCAGGUCGGCUAGUGGAUUUUUUUUCAUCCAGCCUUCGACAAUGCACAUCAUUGGUUUUGGCACUGUUUAAGUGCAAUUGGAGCCCAAUCGACAAAAGUUACCCCUUUUAAAUCCUAGCAUUGGAUAUGUUACUUAGGAACGGUAAUUGGAGAUUGAGACUCUAACUGAGCCCAACUUCAAUUAUCAGCUUAGAUGCUGCAAUAUUAUUCUUGAACUCAACCCAACUUUCUAAUUCUUGGAUCAUUAGCCAGAAAAUGUAGGCGAACUACAAAGGUAGGCAGGUAGCCUGUCAACUACCCAACCAAUCCAACACCUCCCGGUUACUGGAUUUGGUUUCAGAAACGACAGCACCAAAUCUUUGUUUCUGGUUCCUAAAGCCUGUCUUUGUGGCAGUUGAACUUGAAGUACCAAAUGGGCUAAGUUGAAAGCCCAUGUUUUUAUGACAAAAUAACAGAGAAGCAACAAAAUUAACAAAUCCCACCCUCAUUCUCUCCUCUUAAAGCCUCGGCGGCGGCCACCAUCCAAAAGAAGAAGAAGAAGAAGAAGUAGAAACAAUGGGAGGUCGGAGAGGGUCUCGUACUCAAAGAAAACAUUUCAAACAAAGCAGAGAAAAUGUUUGGAAACGACCAAAAACGGAUUCUUCAUCUGACCCUAAUAAUCCCAACUCUCAUAACCAAGCUUGGCAGCCUUUUGCCACCCAAAACCCUUCCUUUGAUGAAUAUUACAAAGAACAAGGGAUUGUUUCUCCUGAAGAAUGGGAUGCUUUCAUGGAAAUGCUUAGAAAACCAUUGCCUGCUGCUUUCAGAAUUAAUUCCACUAGCCAAUUUUGUGAGGAUAUUCGUUCACAGUUAGAGAAUGACUUUAUGAAAUCUCUUCAAGCUGAAGCUAUUGAGGGGGGUGAUUUGGAGCCUAUCAAACCGUUGCCUUGGUACCCUGAUAAUCUUGCAUGGCAAUCCAAUUUUUCACGCAUGCAGAUAAGGAAGAACCAAACUCUUGAGAGGUUUCAUGAGUUUUUGAAACUUGAAACUGAAAUUGGGAACAUCAGUAGACAGGAGGCUGUCAGCAUGGUGCCUCCUCUCUUCCUUGAUGUACAUCCGCAUCACUUUGUACUUGAUAUGUGUGCAGCACCUGGUUCAAAAACUUUUCAGUUGCUUGAGAUUAUACACCACUCAGCCAAAGGAGGAACUCUACCUGAUGCCAUGGUUCUAGCAAAUGAUCUUGAUGUACAAAGAUGUAACCUUCUCAUACACCAAACAAAAAGAAUGUGCACUGCUAACCUGAUAGUCACAAAUCAUGAAGGUCAACACUUCCCUGGCUGCCGUUCCCACAAAAAUAUCUCAAAUGGUUCAGAAAUAAAUAAAUUGGAGCAGAGUAUUACUCAACUUCUCUUUGACCGUGUACUAUGCGAUGUUCCCUGCAGUGGUGAUGGUACUCUGCGCAAGGCUCCUGAUAUCUGGCGUAAAUGGAAUGGAGGAAUGGGCAAUGGACUUCAUUGCCUUCAGAUUCACAUUGCCAUGCGAGGUCUAUCUCUGUUAAAAGUUGGUGGAAGAAUGGUUUACUCAACCUGCUCUAUGAAUCCAGUUGAAAAUGAAGCUGUGGUUACUGAGAUUUUACGGAGAUGUGGAGGUUCUGUUGAACUAGUUGAUGUCUCAAGUGAGCUACCUCAAUUAAUUCGCCGCCCUGGUCUAAGAAAAUGGAAGAUACGUGAUAAGGGAGUCUGGUUAGCAUCAUACACGGAUGUUCGCAAGUUCCACAUAAAUGGGAUUGUUCCCAGUAUGUUCCCUUCUGGUAGAAAUUAUGUGGAUCCAACUGACAAUAACCAGAAGAGUGAGAAUGGUGAGGAUGUAAAUACUGAAGAUGGAGUUCAGCCUGAUGAUCCUAUUUCCUCUGCUAAUAAUUUGGAGGAAGAAGUUUCUGAUCUCCCACUAGAACGCUGCAUGAGGAUAAUACCUCAUGAUCAGAACACAGGAGCCUUUUUCAUUGCUGUCCUCCACAAAGUUUCUCAUUUGCCAGCAAUUCAGGACAAGUCUGUUAGUUCGCAAGGGAAUUUAUCAACUAGAAAUGAUGGACUACGUGAAAAUUUAUUGGACCAAGCUACUGGAGAAAUAAAUGGAUUAGAAGGUAGUUCUGCAGAUGGGACAGAUGAAAAGAUCUUGGAAGUAGCUUCAGAGGCAGAUGAAAAGAUCUCGGAAGUGGCUUCAGAGGCUGAUGAAAAAAUCUCAGAAGUGGCUUUAGAGGCUGAUUUGGUUGAUGGUGGACCAGAUGGAGUUACCCUGGAGACCAUUUCUUCUGAGGCAGCUCAAGCACCUGCAGAUAAGAAAAUUGAUUCUGCAAAAGCUGGGGAGAAGAGAAAGCUGCAGAUUCAGGGCAAGUGGAGAGGAGUUGAUCCUGUUCUUUUCUUCAAAGAUGAAGCUAUAAUAAACAGCAUUAAGACAUUUUAUGGUAUUGAUGAAUCCUUCCCAUUCAGUGGCCACCUUGUUACAAGAAACAGUGAAACUAACCAUGUUAAAAGAAUUUAUUAUGUUUCAAAGUCAGUUAAGGAUGUUUUGGAACUGAAUUUUCGAGUUGGACAGCAAAUGAAGAUAACUUCUGUUGGCCUAAAGAUGUUUGAACGCCAAUCAUCCAGAGAAGGUUCCUCUGCGCCAUGUUCAUUCAGGAUAUCAUCAGAGGGGUUGCCAGUGAUUCUCCCAUAUGUUACCAAACAAAUCCUAUAUGCUUCCCCAGCAGAUUUCAAGCAUCUUUUGCAAUAUAAAACAAUCAAAUUUGCAGACUUUGUUGAUGCUGAGUUCGGUCAGAAGGCAGCAAACCUGAUGUUAGGCUGCUGUGUGAUUGUUUUGGGAGAAGGUGGCAAAUCCUUAUCAGAUCAUAUCCAAGCAGAUGCAUCAACAAUAGCCAUUGGCUGCUGGAAGGGUAGGGCUAGUUUGAGUGUGAUGGUUGCAGCAAUUGACUGCCAGGAGCUUUUGGAAAGGCUUUCAGCACGCAUGGAGACUGAAAAGGGAACUUUGGCACAAGAAAACCAUGGUGAGCUAGAUGAAAAACAGGAUAUAAGUGGUGAAAACGGAACCUCACUGGAGGAACACAAUGUUGAGGCACAGAAAAUACAGGAUAUCACUGAAUAGGAAUACCAAAAACUGAAGUGCUGAGUGAUAGAUGAAACACUUCUGAGAUCCUAUUUUUACUCUUCAGCAAUGUGAAGGUCGUAAGCGACCACUGCUAAAUUGAACGGUAAAAAAUUGUGAGUGUUUAGAGAUCCUAUUCAAAUAGUGUCACCGUAGGUAUAGUGGAACAUAACAGUUUUAACAAAUAACUGGUUCAUGUUAUGAAUGUUGUCAAUCUGUACUGAUAUGAUAGGCAAAUGCAAUUUUGGCA